AGCUUGGUUGGACACCUGACUAUCUCUUUUAUAAAAAGUUUUUCGGACAAAUCCUCAGGGUGCUGUUAAUUUUGCAUUAAUGAUGUUGCAAAUGGAGGGAGGUUGCCCAGUUGAUUACAACACCAUAACUGAUUUAUUUCUUCAGGUUUUAUUUGAUGAUAAGCAAUGGGAUUUUCUAGUGGACCAAUUCAAACAGGCGUUCUGCAAGUUAUAUUCAGGCAUAUCGUGAUCGGAUUUAUGUUGGUGAUGUUCAAGAGGACAAUAAAGGUUGGAAAGUUUCUAGGAGAGUUGCCAAGCAAAGAGGAAACAAAGGAAGCAAGUAGGAAUGUGUGUUGUAGCCAACCAUGAAGCAUGUUUCCCACAUUUUCCAUGUGCAACACAUCCAGCCAGCCGUGUGUCUUCUUUACUUUGAAGCACAUUCAACAUAAGUUUCACGUGGGACAUAAGCCAAUAUAAAGCUUCUUCCAUUUUGAGCACAUUUUCAAUGAUGAAAACGUGGAACACACGGCCAGUAGCUUUGCACAUGUGAUUUAGCUUGAGCACAUUGUAAAUAUGUAGCUUUCCUUGCACACUUCCAAGCUCAUCUUCUCCUAUAAAAGAGAGCUUCAUCAUUUGUAAACUCAACUUGAAUUGUAUGAAGAAAUGCUGCUGAAUUGUCCAGCCAAUUCUCACUUUCGAGUUCACUGACUUGUGCCUUCUUAGCACACUUAUCCUCUAGCUUCCUUCCCCCUUGGAAGGCCGUCUGGGUUAGAGAACCUGCCUACACACUUCCAAAAACCGCACCAGACAAUUCAUCAAACACCUUCCGUACACCUCCAACUGCAUCUGUGUUUUCCAAUUCCGCUGCCACCUCUAGUCUGAGAAGCUGCUCAUUCUUGAAGAGUGAAGCUGCUUCUAUCAUUUGGUAUCACAGCCAGCACGUCCACGCUUGUCUUCAAGAGAUAAGCUUCUCUACUUAGCAAAUUUCCAAUUCUGUCAUGUGCUGUUCUGCUGUCACGCUAUUUUUGAUUUUUUUUUUCAAUUCUGUUUGUCUUAAUUUUGCAAAUAGACAGUGUGCUUAUUCUUGGAUCCAGUGUGCUGCUGCAGUACAUGAUUCAAUUCACUGAAUAAAAUCUUCAGUUAAUUGUGUUAUUUUCUUUCUUCUCUCCAGUCUUUCCACUACUGCAAAGUAUAGGGGGACGAAAACCAACUUUAUAUAUUUGCCCAUGAUUGUGUUCCAAGGUGGCUUACUGCAUCGUACCACAUAGACUUUGACACCAUGGCAGGCGCAGACAGGUUUGGAAAUAUCUAUUUUGUGCGGCUGCCACAUGAUGUUUCAGAUGAGAUAGAAGAAGAUCCUACUGGUGGUAGGAUCAAGUGGGAACAAGGAAAGCUGAAUGGAGCUCCCAAUAAGGUGGAAGAAAUUGUACAGUUUCAUGUUGGUGAUGUGGUCUCAUGCUUGCAAAAGGCUUCUCUCAUACCAGGUGGUGGAGAGUGCAUUGUAUUUGGAACAGUUAUGGGAAGUGUUGGUGCUCUACAUGCCUUUACUUCACGAGAUGAUGUUGACUUCUUUUCUCAUUUGGAGAUGCAUAUGAGACAGGAUCACCCACCUUUGUGCGGAAGAGACCACAUGUCAUAUAGAUCUUCAUAUUUUCCCGUUAAGGAUGUUAUUGAUGGGGAUCUAUGCGAACAAUUCCCAACAUUGCCAAUGGAUUUGCAGAGAAAAAUUGCUGAUGAAUUGGACAGAACCCCUGGAGAGAUACUGAAGAAACUCGAGGAAGUGAGAAAUAAGAUUAUUUAAGAAAUGGUUGCAUGGAAGGUCAUUUGCCCGCCGCAGCUAGGUCAAAUACUAACAAAGUGAAGUAAGCUCGUGUAUCUCAAUAACAGGGGAACGGUGAUUUCUUGUCCUAUUUAAUUAGUCCUAGUUAACUGUUAUCACGCUUUGUGGAUGUGAUAACGUGCCACAUCGCUUCCUAUCUCUCUUUUACUCAAAUGAGAUGUUUGAUUUAACUGGGUUUGAAAUUUAGUGUAGAUUAUCACUAAAUUUGGGGUUUUAUUGAAUUUCUGGUGGGUGCUUUUUCCACAUUCUUAUUGGGUGUUGGUUAUUGUAAAAAAUGAAAUACGAAGCAGACCUUCCUCUUCAGAUUUUGCCAGCACCG